AUGAAUAAGGAAAGAGAAACACUUACUGAGUGCCAAGCUAAAGGCGAGAAACUCAUUUGGCUCCUUUCUAAAGAAGGAGAUUAUCGUAUUGGUAAAAUUGUUGAAGAAAUGGAUGAAAGUGUUCAAUUAGUAGUUGAAGGGUCUAAAUGCACAGUGGAUAAGGGAAGUAUCCAUAAAGCAAAUCCAUCUAAGUUUGAUUUAGUUGAAAAUAUGGCCCAUUUAUCUUAUCUUAAUGAACCAAGUAUUCUGCACAAUCUCAGGCAAAGAUACUUAGCUGGCUUACAGUAUACUUAUUCUGGCUUGUUCUUAGUCGCUAUCAAUCCCUAUAAAGACCUAUCAGUCUAUACGAAAGAAUUCAUUGAUCGCUACUCUUCAGUUUAUAAGCGAGAAGAUGCUCCACCCCAUAUCUAUGCCGUUGCUUCUGAAGCCUACUAUCUUAUGCGCAAUUCCCAACGACCCCAAACUAUUCUUAUUACUGGUGAGUCUGGAGCUGGUAAAACUGAAAACACCAAACAUGCCAUUACUUUCUUAACUAAAAUCAGUGGUAAUCUGCUACAGAGUACUAAACUCCUGGAAGAAAGACUUCUUUCCAGUAAUCCUUUACUUGAAGCCUUUGGUAAUGCCCAAACUGCUCGUAAUGAUAAUAGUUCGCGUUUUGGGAAGUUCAUUAAGAUUGAGUUUGGUCGGACUGGUGAAAUAAUUGGUGCUUCCAUUGAAAGGUACCUUUUAGAAGCCUCCCGAGUGACUAAACAGACUCCAGGUGAACGUAAUUACCAUAUCUUCUAUGCCCUCUUACAAACAGCUAGUGCCGAGUUUUUACAAAGCUUAUACCUAUCUAGUACUCAGACUUACCGGAUUAUUCCUGAACUUAAGAGUGCUGGAGUAAUAGGUGCAGAUUUUGCCCAAGUAACGGCUGCUAUGGAUAUUCUGGGUUUGGAACCGGCUGAGCAAAAUCGAGUAUUUAGGAUUCUAGCUGCUAUCAUUCAUCUUAGUGAAGUUGUUUUCCAAGAAGGUACCAGUCAAUUACAACUAAGUACGAGUGGUGAGGAGGCUUUAAGUCAUGCAGCUGAGUUCUUAGGCGUAGAUGCACAAAUUCUUAGGGAAACUCUAACUUGUCCUCGGAUUAGGGCGGGUAAUGAAAUGGUCGUACACGGUCGAACGGCUGAAGAGGCCAAUUAUACUUUAGCUUCACUUUGUAAAGUGAUUUACGAACGUUUAUUUGACUGGUUAGUCUUCUUAGUUAAUCGGGCCUUAAAACCUCAGAGUGAAUCUACUUCUUAUAUUGGUGUCCUGGAUAUUGCUGGGUUUGAAAUUCUCCAGCGGAAUGGUUUUGAACAGCUUUGCAUUAACUAUACUAACGAAAAGUUACAACAAUUCUUCAACCAUCGUAUGUUUGUUCUUGAACAAGAAAUCUACUUGAAUGAAGGUUUAGAAUGGAGUAUGAUUGAUUUUGGGUUGGAUUUACAACCGACAAUUGAUUUGUUAGAAGCAAGUGGUUCGGGUAUAUUUUCAGUCUUAGAUGAAGAGUGUAUUGUGCCUGGUGGAUCUGAUGCACGUUUAUUGGCUAAGAUCAGUUCAGUCUGGCAGGGAUCUAGUCAGUUUUCUAGGCCAAGACUUAAUGAUGGGUUUAUGAUUGAGCAUUAUGCAGGUUCAGUCUGUUAUAGUGAGCCGGGUUGGAUUGCUAAGAAUAAGGAUCCUUUAGAUGAAGCUAUUGCUGGUUUACUAUUGGGUCCAGAUGGUCCUGUUCCUGCUUCAGCUGUACCCUCCCUAGCAGCUACUCGUUUCCGAACGGUAGCUCAACGCCAUCGCCAGCAACUGAACAAUCUCUUGCAUAUGCUGCGGCAAACGAACCCUCAUUUUGUCCGAUGUAUUCUCCCCAAUAAUAAGAAGACUCCGGGCUUAUUUGAAGCUCCCCGGGUUUUGCAUCAGCUUAGAUGUAAUGGUGUCCUGGAGGGUGUAAGAAUUUCCCGACAAGGUUUCCCUUCUCGUGUUCCUUUCCAUGAAUUCAUUAGUCGUUACGCUUUACUUGCCCCGGCUAGUCUUUCCGGACGGUUUGCUCCUUCAGAACAAGGUGUUUCCUUGCUUUUAAGUGAGUUACAAGUCCCGGCUAGUCUUUUCCGUUUAGGUCGGACUCUUCUUUUCCUGCGCCAAGGUGUACUAGCCGAUCUGGAAGAUGCCCGGAAUGCUAAGAUCUUAGGCUUAGUCUUGGAAGUUCAAAAGCGCUUGCGGCAACUCUUGCUUAAGAAUCGUGAACAACUAGAUAAGAAACGAGCUGAAUCUCUAGCUGUUCUACAAAAGAACGUUAAGAUCUUUGCUAGUGUUCGGCAAUGGUCCUGGUGGAAGCUUUGCAUGAAGAUCAGACCUCUCCUUGAAGUACGUAAGGCCGAAGACGAAUUGCGUGAAAAGGAGAAGGCCAUUGUGCAACAAAGAGAAGAACUUCUUGCAUUACAAGCCCAAGUUCAACAGGCCGAACUGGCUAAGCUCAGAGCUGAAGCCGCUCUAGCCAGUGCUUCCGAAGAAGCAGCCGCCGCCCGAGCUGCCUCUGAGAUUCUCAGUACGCGCUUAAGAACUGAGCGGGAAGAGGCGGCUAAAGAAGUAGCUGCAGCCCAAAAAGCAUCGGCCCGAGCUGCCCAAGCGACUGAACAACUACGCCGUGAUAUGGAAGUUCAAGCUAAAGCCGCCCAUCGUGCCCGUGAAGAAGCCGCCUCCUCCACUGCCCUUCCCCUUCUCACCCAAAUUGAUGCUCUGAAAGAACGCGUACUAACCGCCGAAACACUCGCACAAACCGUUCAAACCGAUCUACAGAAACAACAAGAAGAACUAGCCGCCGCCUUGCAUAGUCAAGAAAUAUCCGAACGGGAAAGGACUUUUGCCGAAGAUAGAGCUAAGAAACUAGCCACUGAAGUUGAGGAAAUGCAAGCCGAAGUAGCUAGUGCUGAAUCUUUACGCCGGCGUACUGAAUCCGCCCUUAAAGCCGCUGAGACAGAAGCCACUCGAUCGGCUUCUUUACUAUCUUUUGAGCGCGAGAAGUACGCUCGUUUAGAAGAGGCCUUUAAGAGGGCAACAACUGCACCUACUCCAGCCCCUGCACCUGUUAUUGGCAAAGAUAAUUCUGAGGACAUAGCUGCCCUUCGUAAAGAACUAGCUACAGCCCAGAGUACGAUUGCUAAUAUUCAAGAGGAGUAUAAUGAUUUGCGCCGGCAGUACUUAGCCCUAACUGAUGAUAAGCUAGGUGGUAUGUUGGAAAUUCAAAACAAAUACACGGCCGAGAUCAACAAAAUGCGGGCCUCAAGUGCUCAACUGGAAAAGAAGUUACAAAGAACUGAGCAAGAUCUAGCCAGUGCCACUACUUCUCUGGAACAAGCCAUCUCGGCUAAGGAGUCUGAAAAAGAACGACGUAAAGCAGCAGAAGAAGCUCUAGUUGCCAAACGAACCCUUGAGAAAGAUUUACAACGGGCUCUUACCCGAGCACUUAAGGAGAAAGAAGAUGCCCUGACUGAACUGGCCCAAGCUAACGAAGCAACAGCAGCGACCACUGAGCAAAGAGCUUCCUUCCGCCAAGAUUUAACUACGGAGUUAGCUAAGGCUACAUCGGCGACUGAAGCAAUUCGGGCUGAGCUGGAGCGGGUGGCUAAUGAGGUUGUAGCUGUAACGGAUACUUUAGCUAUCUAUCGGGCGGAAAUCAGUCGACUAACUGAUGAGUUGCUUAGGGCAGAAACGGAAGUGACGCAAAUACGCAGUUCAUUGGACCGAUCUCGUGUUGAAAUGGCUGAUGCUAAGGCUUCUUGUAAAUGGGCGACUGAUCAGGUAGCUAUUCUGGAAGCCGAAAAGGCCGAGCUAUUACGUGAGACCAAAGCAGAAAUGAGUGCCCAACGCGAUCGUUUUGAAGCGGCCGAAGAUGCAGCUGAUAAGGACCGGCGGGAGCGCUUAGCUGAACUUCGUUUGCUGAAACGAGAACUUCGUGAUAAGGAAAGAGAAGCCGCUCAAGCUCAAAGUGCUCGUUCCGAGGUAGUUGCUUUACAGAAGAGACUAGCCGAUGCCUUAUCAAUGCUUGACCAGCAUGCAGAGGACAAGAAGGAAUGGGAUGCUAGUGUGCAAGGUCUGCUAGCUCAGGCGCGUAAUGAAGCGCAAAAGGAGCGAGAAAGGGCUGAAGCACACCGGCGAGAGUUAAUAUCAGCGCAAUCAGUAGCACGACGAGCCGAAACUUCAGCUACUCGAGCCACUGAGAAAGAAGCAGAAGCGCGCAAAGCUAUCAUUCGUUUGGAGGAGCAGUUGCUAACUUCAGCCAAACGAGAAAAGUCCUUAUCUUUUGAGCUUCGUGCUUUAGUGCUGGAACUCAGUGCAUUCAAAGAGCUUCCCUCAGAUUUACCAGAGGACCAGCCAGUUUGUGCCAACUAUGAUUAA